GCAACCAACACAGCAUUUCUACCUUUCGCGUCACUAGCGGACCCGUUUAACUCCGAACCUUUUUCUCCUGUUUUCACGACAAGGAAUCAUUGUGUCUUUUAAUUUUCCUUUAUCUCUUUACACAGUACCCUCGGUGGGAUUCUCUCCAAUCGAGAUCUCACCGUCCCAUCUUCGCCCGCCCGCUACUUGCAAUCAACUCCCCCGUUCAAAAAUAAAGUUAAUAGAUUAGAACUAUCACGAUGAUUCGCUUAUCAUAUUGGGUAACCCCCAUCCUCGCCGGCACCGUCUGGCUCGCGACUCUACUGGCUCUGUUGCUCUACUGGGCCGUCUCAGAGGACUACAUCCAGUACUCCUCCAUGAACGAUGGCCAGCAAAUCGCCUACAUUAGCGACAUCGGUGCAUCCGACCUCAAGCCAUUGUUCGUCACCGGCUGUGUUCUCACUACCGUGUUUCUCGACAUCUCGUUUGCUGCCGACCGCUGGCUCCGCCACAAGGGCCGCCUGGCCCCCAACACGACGACCGGUGAGAAGGUGCUCUCCGGGUUAUCCAUCGGCUUCGCCAUCAUCGGCACCGUCGGCCUGAUCCUCCUGAGCAUCUUCGACACGGUCUGGCAACCCAACCUGCACAACAUCUUUCUCCUGCUCUUCAUCGCCGGAUACGUGAUAUCCGCAAUCUUCAUCUGCUGGGAGUACCAACGCCUCGGGAAACACUACCGCGAGCACCGCAUCCUGCGCCUCUCCUUCUGGAUCAAGCUCACCUUCGUCAUCGUCGAGGUGCUGCUGGCCGUCGCCUUCGUCGCCUGCACCUUCACGCGCAACUCCAACGCCGGCGCCGUGCUCGAGUGGGUCAUCGCCUUCAUCUUCUCCUUUUACGUCUUCUCCUUCUACGUCGACCUGUACCCGGCCGCCGCCACCAAGCACGCGCCGCACCAGCUGCGCGCCAAACAGCAGCAGCAGGACCAGCAGGACCAGCAGGACCAAGAAAAGCAGGUUGGGGCGGCGGUCGCACCGGCUCCGACUAUGCGCCUGACGCGCGGGGAUGGCGCGGCGCCGGCGUCGCGGUAUGUGGCUGCGGGCGAGAUGGAGGAGGGGGGGUCGAGCGAUGCGACGCUGGAUGGGAAUGCGACGUCGGGGGGCGCGCCGUCGUUUGAGGCCGCGAGGGUCGCGCAUGGGCGGAGGUCCGGGUCCAGGAGUCGGGCGAUGGCGAGUAAUUUCUAGAAGGGGUGGUUCUAGAGGACAUUGUUCUAAAGCGGGUGGUUGGAGAUAUACAUAUAUAAUUGGGAGAGCGGGUUUGGAGAUGGUGAUUUUGGACAAGGCGUUGGGGGAAAGCGAAUGAUUUGGAUGUGUUGGGUGGCAUGCAUG